AUCAAAAUUUGCAUUUUAUCAGAUAAGGUGCUCCUUCUUCUUCUUCCUUCCUUUGAACCUCACAUCCUCUUCGCACCAUGUUCUCUGCAAAUGUAAACACCCAUGUGCCUCUAUCUCUCUACAAUUCCAAAAAUAAAUCAUUUUCUUCUUCUUUUCUUAGUCCCAAUCCUCCUCUCUUUAUUUUCCACUUACCCUCCCCAAAAAUCCAUCUAAAACCCAUAUCAGCCACUCUAAUACCUUCCUCUCCACCACCUCCGGCUAGUCAACAACUAUACCAGCCCUUUAGACCUCCUCCAAAUACUCUCCCCCCACAAUACCAAUCUCUUGACGCUGCCGGCCGACUCGAAAUCCUAGCCAAUCGGCUUGGUCUCUGGUAUGAGUACGCCCCUUUAAUCACUUCUCUCAUUAGAGAAGGUUUCUCUCCAACAUCAAUUGAGGAAUCUACCGGCAUUUCUGGUGUUGAACAGAAUCGUUUAGUUGUUGCAGCUCAGGUUCGUGAAUCUUUAAUUCAAUCUAAAACAGACCCAGAAAUUGUUGCUGAAUUUGAUACAGGUGGGGCAGAGUUACUGUAUGAAAUUCGGCUCCUGAGCGUUUCGCAGCGGGCUGCAGCCGCUCGCUUUCUCAUACAGCAUAAGUUGGACGCUAAAGGCGCUCAGGAUCUAGCCCGUGCUAUGAAGGAUUUUCCUCGUAGACGUGGGGAUAAGGCGUGGGAAGACUUUGACUAUACUCUUCCUGGAGAUUGUCUAUCUUUCAUGUAUUAUAGACAAUCUAGAGAGCAUAAGGACCUAUCAGAGCAAAGAACAAAUGCUUUGGAAAUGGCAUUGGAUGUUGCUGAGUCUGAAAAGGCGAAAAAUUCAAUUUUGAAGGAAUUACAGGGGGAUAGUGAGGAUAAGGAUGGUGAAGAAGGGGAAAUGGCGGAUAGCGUUAGGGUUCCAGUUGUGAGAUUGAAACUUGGUGAGGUUGCAGAGGCAAGUAAUGUAGUGGUUUUACCUGUUUGUAGAGCAGAACAGAUAGAAAAAGAGAUUUUGGAAGCUCCGUGGGAAUGCAGGACAGAGGGUGAGUUCGGCGUUGUGGUAGCGGAGAAAGGCUGGGAGAGGUGGGUGGUGUUACCAGCAUGGGAGCCGGUCGUGGGGUUAGGGAAAGGAGGAGUGGUGGUGGCUUUUCCGGAUGCAAGAGUCUUACCUUGGAAAGUGAAUAGAUGGUAUAAAGAAGAGGCUGUUUUGGUGGUGGCUGAUAGGGGAAGGAAGGAGGUGACUAUAGAUGAUGGGUUUUACUUGGUAGCUGUUGAUGGCAGUGGUGAUGGUGGAUUAAAGGUGGAGAGGGGUUCUGCGUUGAAGGCAAAGGGUGUGGAGGUCAGUUUAGGGACUGUGGUGACGGUGGUCAGGCCACCGAAAGAGGAGACUGAUGAUCAAUUGCGCGAUGAAGAUUGGGAGUGAAAAGUUGCAAUUUUUUUUAUUAAAUGGAGGUUUAUAUUGGUCUUUGAUCAUACAAUUGUAAUGAAGGAGGAAACUGGAACUUACCCAGUAGAAGGUACGUAUUUUUUCUUCCAUUUUGUUGCGAAAAAUAUUGAUGCUGUUGUAAUAGUCUACAAAUGUAACUCAAUUUUUUUUUUUGUUCCUUAUGGAACUUUGUAAUGCAUAAAACUAUAAGAGCAUUAGAAGAGUUUCAUUUGAAAAUUUCCCUUU